CACACACUUGCUCUGUACAUCCACCAUGGCGUUCACGAAGGCACAACCCCUCUCUAUCGAAUCUUUGCUUCAGAAACAGAAGGAGGAGAAGGAAGCUGCUGCAAAGCCUCGAUUCCUGACUAAAGAGCAACGAGCGCAGCUUGCAAUUGAGAAGCGUUCUCAGGAACUCAAGCAACAACGUGAACGCGAAGAACAGGCAAAGCGGGACAGAGAUCUUCUGGAACGAGAAGCCGAAGAUAUUCGUGCAAGAGAAAGGGAACGUGAACGGGCUUCUAGGUACGGAAGCGGUGGUCGAUAUGAUGAUCGCUAUGACCGUGAUGGUAGAGAUUCAAGAGAUUCAAGAGACAGUGGUCGUUACGGACGAAGGGACAACCGUGAUCGAAGACCUACUGAUGAUCGAAGGUCGCAGUCUUACCAGGGAGUCCCUACUGGACCAAGAGCGGAUCGUGGCAGUGGAAAAGCUCCUCCUACAGGACCUGCUGCUGGUGCCUCAGGAACCUCGACGCCUUCUAUGGGCCCCCCACCUGUACCAUACGGCCCUGCCACCACUACACCCUCAAUUACGGAAGUGUCUGAACCAUACGUCCCUCCCAUGACUGACAACGAUCUUACAGCCAUUCGUUCACGAUAUCUCGGCGUCGACAAGAAGAAGCGUAAGAUUCGCAAGAUGAACGACCGGAAGUUUGUCUUUGACUGGGACGAGCAGGACGACACUUACUCUGCCGAAGCACCUGCAGCGGUUGGGAGCACCCGUCAAGGUGCUCAGAUCAAUUUCGGUAGAGGACACAUUGCCGGAAUGGAUGAUGGUGGAGGAAUAGUCGUCGGUGCAAGGAAAGGCGCUGAAGGAGGGAUGCAAGUUGCGGAUGCUCUUGAACGUAGGAAGGCCCAGAAGACCGGCCUGGAUGAGAGGCAUUGGACAGAGAAGUCUCUUGAGGAAAUGAAAGAACGUGAUUGGCGUAUCUUCAGAGAAGACUUCAAUAUUGCUGCUAGAGGUGGUCAAAUUCCACACCCUCUUCGUUCAUGGUCGGAGUCAGCUAUCCCACCUCAGAUCUUGGAAAUUAUCGCGAAGAUUGGAUACAAAGAUCCCUCGCCCAUCCAACGACAAGCCAUUCCAAUUGGCCUUCAGAACCGAGACGUGAUCGGCAUCGCGGAGACUGGUUCCGGUAAGACGGCUGCCUUUGUUAUACCAAUGCUGGCUUUCAUCUCCACGCUUCCUCCUUUUAACGACGAGAACAGACAUCUGGGUCCAUAUGCACUCAUUCUUGCCCCUACUCGUGAAUUGGCUCAGCAAAUCGAGUCAGAGGCCAAGAAAUUUGCUAGUCCCCUUGGUUACACAUGUGUCUCCAUUGUCGGAGGUCGUGCUGUCGAGGAGCAACAAUUCAAUUUGCGUGCCGGUGCGGAAAUCAUCAUCGCUACCCCCGGUCGUCUGAAAGAUGUUAUCGAACGACAUGUCAUCGUUCUAUCACAAUGUCGCUACGUCGUUAUGGAUGAAGCCGAUCGAAUGGUCAACCUAGGUUUCGAGGCCGAGCUCACCUUUAUUCUGGACAAAUUGCCAAGCGAUACUAUGGAAGGUGAGGACAAAGGUGAACAGAUGGACGUAGACGGCGAGACCAUGAUCAAGAGAGGUAGGACACGGGUAACCACCCUGUUCUCUGCUACCAUGCCACCUUCUGUCGAACGCAUCGCCAAGAAGUAUCUCAGAAGACCCGCUGUCAUUACUAUUGGUGAAGCUGGCCGGGCAGUUGAUACAGUCGAACAGCGUGUCGAGUUCGUUAGUGGAGAUGAGAAAAAGAAGCAUCGCAUGCUGGAAAUCCUCAACAGUGGACAGUUCCCGUCUCCGAUCAUCGUUUUCGUCAACCAGAAGAAGACCGCAGAUAUGGUGGCAAAGGAUUUGCAGCGUGGAGGAUGGGGCGCGGCAACAUUGCACUCUGGAAAGAACCAGGAUCAGCGAGAGGCUGCCCUUCAGGCUCUUCGUACCGGAGAUGCAGAUAUUCUGGUUGCCACUGACCUUGCAGGUCGUGGUAUCGAUGUUCAGGAUGUCAGUCUUGUCAUCAACUACCAGAUGGCCAACACUAUCGAGGCAUAUGUCCAUCGUAUUGGUCGUACUGGUCGUGCUGGGAAGCAAGGAACAUCGAUCACAUUCUUGUCGAAUGACGAUGAAGAGGUCAUGUACGAACUCAAGCAAGGUACGCUUAUCUUGAUUUGGUUCUACUUGUCGUCAGCGCUGAUCAUGAUGUUCGUAUUGACCAGAAAUCGGCAAGAGCCCAGUGUCCAAGGUACCUAUAGAACUGGCAAAACACGAGGCUGCUCAGCACAAGGUGUCAAGAGAGAUGAAGAGAAAGAGGGACGCAGAUGAACAGGACUGAGUCGAUCUGCAUUGGCUAGUCUUGAGUUUUCUCGGUGUAAUUUGCUUAAGUGGUGUAUCAGCAGGAUUGUGCAAUAUGAACGAACGUUCGACUUUUUUCAUGGCUUACUGUUUGCUUUAUCGGAAUUUGUGCGUCAUAUGAAUCAGAGUGGGUGCAUUCGACAUAUGUGAUGGCUCUUAUCUUGAGGACAGAGGGGUGCCUCCUGUGAUUGCGCUCUUUUGCGGCUCCUUUUGAGCUCUACAGGCUGUUCCAGAGACUGUGGUGGCCGGACGACGUUGGCCUCCGAUGCCAUGCCUCAACGGAAAGCUUCGCAUCCUGCACUUGCUAGAUUUUAAUUAUCAGGCCGUCAUCUUACGAAGAAAUAUUACACCAAAUCUGGAGAUUUCGUCGAAGGCCUGGAUCCGUUUUCCCCGAAACACCUCCAUGCCGCAUGGAAGCAUCCUUCAGUGCAUUGCGCGCAGCGAGGUCGUAAGACGAAAAUGCCGUCAGCCGAAAUUCACGGACUCUUCUUUCGGCCGGUCAACGCUUCUCGACCCUCGACCCUCGCUCGACUCCUCGAGUCAACCUCCAGUGCACGAAGUCCGAACAUGGCCUCCGUCAAUCCGAGUCUGCCCUUCGAUGCCGCUUCGCCGAUCACCGUGCGUCGGUCAGAUGGAGUUCUAUGUUGUCGUGUUUACCCUCUUUGACUACUACGGAAGAAGAUGGUCGGCAUUCAAGCUUAAGCCAUCUACGUCAGUUAUGCGGCAUACCGCAAGUUUUCUAGUAAUGCGUUCAUGUCCUCGGGAAUUGGGUCCGCUGCUUGAAAGCAACCGCCUCAGUCCUGAGGCACUCCGCAGCCUCGAUUCGCCAUUCCGUGUAUAAGCAAUUAGAACGUUGAGUAAGAUGAUUUAUGUUUCUGCUAC